GAUGGCGGCUCGCCGGGCUGAGGGGCUUGGGGCCGGUGCUCGGGUCCCGGUUCGGGUGUGGUGAGAGCUGUGCCUCGGGAGCAGCCGGGAGCGCUGGCUGGGGUUGCAGAGAGGCUGUGGUCUCGGUACCGGCCCCUGGUGAGGUUGAGAAGCGGUGCGGUUCCUCACAGCCUGAGGACUGCGGGUGUCCGCGCUCCGCUUUCUGCUGUGUCAUUACCGGGUCUCAUUGACUGAAUGAAGUGGAAACAACAUGUUACUAUCACAGCUGACUUCCCGGCUGCUGAAGGCUUCACGAGUCGCAGGGCACUUUUUGCCAAGGUCGGUGUCUUCCUUUCUUUGCUAUCAUUCUACAUCUGUGAACUAUUGCACGCAGCCACCUAAUAAGAAUGGAGCCCAGCCUCAGCAGUGGCACGCGCUGGACCCUGAACUGGAAGAGAUGUUGAUUCCCAGAAAGCUUUCCAUCAGCCCCUUAGAAAGCUGGCUGACAGUUAAGUACUCCCUUCCUAAAGCAGAGGUCAGUAACGCUCAGGAAGAAGUGGGCCAUGGGCCUCCCCAGAGGUAUGACUGUCCUCCAUCUGAUGAGGGAGCUGAUGUGGAGGAAGGGGAAGGAACGCCGAGCAACACGCUGCAGUGUAAGAACGUGCUGAAGAUCCGCAGAAGGAAAAUGAAUCGACACAAAUUCAAAAAGCUGCUGAAGCGAAGGAAGUUUGUGCGUAGGAGGGUGAAGGAAGGUCGCAAGAAGAAACGCCAGGUAAAAUUUGAGAAAGAUUUGGAGCGCAUCUGGAAAAGAGCUGGCUUGAAAGGUCCUCCUGCAGGAUGGCAAACACCCAAGAUAUUUCUGAAAAGUUCCAAGCAAUAAAAACACUUGUAAUGAGUUUUCACGUGUAAUUGUAAUUAAAAAAAAACAUAUUUAAGUAUGCA